AACUCGGCAUAUUUUGAUUGUGAUUUCUCUUCACAUUUCCAUGAUUUUCUCGUGGUAUUCUUUUUCUAAUUUCUCGAGUGACAAGUGAAAAAGAUGCUGUGGACAAUUUUCGGUUUGGUGUCGUGCAUAAAACUCCUCUUCAUGCCGGCAUACCGGUCGACGGAUUUUGAAGUGCACAGGAAUUGGCUGGCAAUUACACACAGUCUGCCUCUGGAGAAGUGGUACUAUGAGGAUAGAAGCGAGUGGACACUGGAUUAUCCGCCGUUUUUCGCGUAUUUUGAGUGGAUUUUGUCGCAAUUUGCGAGGUUCUUUGAUGAGAAAAUGCUGAUUGUGGAGAAUCUCAACUAUGCUUCGGAGCGGACAAUUCUCUUCCAGAGGUUAUCAGUAAUCGCCACGGAUGCUGUGCUGUUGCUAGGUGUGAAAUCGUGCCUUCAAGGCGGUCAAAAGUGGUCGGAAAGACAGAGAAAUGUCCUUCCCUUCCUGGUACUCUUCAACGCUGGCCUCCUCAUGGUUGAUCACAUCCACUUCCAGUACAACGGCGUGCUUUUUGGCCUCCUCUUGCUCAGCAUCGGCGCGAUAAUGCAGGAGAAAUACGUCCAGUCGGCGAUCUUCUUCUCCGUUCUGCUCAACAUGAAGCACAUCUUCGUGUACGUGGCGCCGGUUUAUGUGGUGUACUUGCUCAAGCACUACUGCCUGGCCGGAAAGCAGCCGCUGAGGCGCUUGCUGCAGCUCGCAGCGGUUGUCGCCGGCGUGACGCUGAUCUCUUUUGGUCCUUUCCACCGCCAAAUCCCGCAGGUUCUCUCGCGGCUCUUUCCCUUCAAGCGCGGCCUGUCGCACGCGUAUUGGGCGCCCAAUUUCUGGGCCAUGUACAAUCUCGCGGACAAAGUGCUGGCGGCUGUGCUGGGAUUGAGAGCACCGGGAUCGUCCACGUCCAGCGGACUCGUGCAGACGUUCGAGCAUGUGGCGUUGCCCUCCAUAUCGCCACUGACCACAUUUGCUCUCACGGCGCUCUUCACGCUGCCGUGCGCGGUGAAAUUGCUGCUGUGGCGCUCGGGGGAUGAGAAGUGGCGGGAUUUCGUUCGCGGCGUGGUUCUGUGUGCAACGACAUCAUUCAUGUUUGGCUGGCAUGUGCACGAGAAGGCAAUACUCAUGGCGAUGAUUCCGCUCAGCCUCCUGUCCAUUCACAAUGUCCUGGAUGCCAAACACUUGAUUCUGCUGACAAUCACCGGCCUCUACUCCCUCAUGCCGCUGCUGUUCCCGCCCGAACUCACGCCAGUGUCUGUGACACUGUGUCUCGUGCAGUGCUGCCUCACCCUCUGGAGCCUCACAUGGCUGCACUCUGGCGUCGCAUUCGCCACAAUUGAGAAAGUCUACUGCAGUGGCUUUGUGGCAUUGUUCCUCUACAGUUACAUCUUCCACUUCCUCCUCAAGAUUGACGGGAAAUUACCAUUCCUCCCCCUCCUGCUCACCAGUGUCUACUGCGCCGCUGGCGUGACGAGCUUCUGGCUGCGAUACUACUAUCACUUCCUCAGGGGCAUCCCUGCCUCACCACCGGCGGUGAAGAAUAAAGUGAAGACUAAAUAAUUUAUGGCCACACUGUCUUUUUCACUCAAGCGGGGAUUUAUAUAUCUAUCGAAGAGUAGCGCGCGCGCCCGAAA